AUGAGUCGCAAGCGAGACAGGUCUUACUGUCCCCCCUACGACGCCGGCAAGCGCCGCCGCCCCUUGCCGGAGCCUGUGGAGGAGGAGAGACCUACGGCGAGACCUGCACCUCCGUCCGCGGUGGUCGUAAUGGGCCUGCCUCAAGACUGCUCUGUCCUCGAUCUGAAGUCCCGAUUCGAGAUCUACGGCGCCAUCUCCCGCAUCCGGAUCGACCGCGACGCUGUCGGCUACAUUACUUACAGGGCAAAGGACUCCGCUGAUGCCGCCAUUGCCGCCGGUAUCGACCCCUCCUUCGGAAUCACUGUUAGCUCCAAAAAGGUUCAGGUGUUGUGGGCAACAGACCCUCUAGCCAUGUGGAGGGAAGGAGUUGGCAAUAGAAAGGAUAAAGGGUAUGUGUCAAAGCUUGUGCGUGCUGAGGCACCUUUGAGCAAGCAUGGAAGAGGUAAUAGACUUGCUUCAGCUUUAGGGAACACCAAACGUGGUGAGGAUAGCUCAGGUAGUUCAGUUUUGCAAGUACCUUUCAAGGGCAGAGAAAUUGUUGCUUAUGAUGAUAUCCUCUAA